UUUCACUCAGUCUAUGCUCGCAUUUCGCUACGGAAACAUGAACGGUUUGGCGUCGAUGGAAGAGUCUGGUAUCGCCAUGGGCAGAACGGCCUCGCCGCUCGUUGACCGACACGGGUUGAUGGUAGCCAAGGUGGUGGCUAUGGUGGUUCUCAUUGUGAUUACCGUGAUCUGCGGCAGCCUGCCCUACAUGCUGGAUCGCUGCCUCGAGUGGACCAAGAAGAGCCCCGAGGAAACCCGCUCAUCAACGGCGGUGCGGUGCCUGCUCUUCUUCGGCGGGGGCGUUCUGAUCUGCACCACAUUCCUGCACAUGCUGCCGGAGGUGAUUGAGGUGGUGGAGAAACUGCAAUCCUGCGGAGUUCUCGCCAACACUCCAUUCGCUCUGCCGGAAAUGCUGCUUUGCACGGGCUUCUUUCUGAUGUACGCCCUGGAUGAGCUGAUGAACGCCUUCGUGCAUCGACACCAGAAGAAGCUCAGCCGGAAGGAGUCGGUGGCUAGUUGUGCCUUCGAGCGGGGACACAGCAUUCGCCACAGUAUUCUGGUUUGCAAAGGAGUCGAGACGAAUGCCACGCCAGAGGAGCCAAAGACCCUACAGGAAGAGCAGCCCAAGGAUCACAUUGGCCACUCGCACAUGCCUGUGGUGGCCGGCAAGGACAGCGCUGGCUCCUCUAUGCGCGGACUGGGGAUUAUCUUAGCGCUUUCCCUCCACGAGCUCUUCGAGGGCAUGGCCAUUGGACUAGAGAGCACCGUCAGCACUGUAUGGUUCAUGUUCGCGGCGGUGGCUGCUCACAAGCUGGUGCUGGCCUUCUGCGUGGGUAUGGAGCUGCUGGUAGCCCGCACCCGCAGCUCCCUCGCCAUAAUUUAUCUGAUAACCUUCUCGAUUGUCACGCCCAUCGGGAUUGGGGUGGGCAUUGGCAUUAGUCAGAAUGUGGAGCCGAAUCAGCCCAGCGUCCCCUCGGGCAUACUGCAGGGGAUCGCCUCGGGUACCCUUCUCUAUGUGGUCUUCUGCGAGAUCCUCACCGAGAACCAUGCCGGCUGGCGUGCCUACAUUGCCGCUCUGGCCGGUUUCGCCCUGAUGUUCGGACUGCAAAUACUGUCUGACGAAGCGGAGGGCGACGACAGCCUGGCGUGUUUCUAGAGUAUCCACCACUGGACAGGAUGUGCCAUAAAACAACAUAGCUUAUACUGUCUGUAUACUGGAUGGAUUUAUUGCUGGAUUAUUGAUUGAUUGCUAAUGAAAGCUGUUGCACAUACGGCCUAUAGGCAUGUGUAUCUAAACUAACACCAAAGAAAUUAGGUUCUAAAGUUGCAGACAUUUCCUUAACUAUUGAAUGGUCUGAAUACAUAUGUAAGCUAUAGAUAUGAGAAUAUAUGUAAAUGUUAGCAGACGUCCAGCGUCAAGCCAAUAAAUACGAGAAAUUAAA